GAAAGUGGAAGGUGUUUGCAGACCAUGGCAAUCAGUGCUGUACUCCUGCUCUUUGUUCUCCUAAACGAAACUGAUGGUUCUCAUAUCAUUGGCGGCAGAGAUGCUGCCCCACACUCACUCCCCUAUAUGGCUUCAAUACAGCUGCAAGGUCAUCACGCCUGUGGGGGAGUGCUGGUGAAGGAGGAUUUUGUGCUCACUGCAGCACAUUGCAUGCUACCUCGAGUGACGGUUGUGGUUGGGAUCGAUUCCCUGUCAGCCAAUGAACCUACAAAGCAAGAGUUCAGAUCUACACGAUUCAUUCCACAUCCUGAUUACGAUGGACAUGCAAAUGACAUCAUGCUCAUUCAGCUGGACCGCAGAGCCAUUCUGACUGAAGCGGUGCAGCUGGGGUUGUUAAAAAAAGGCAGGCUGAGGACAUCGACUCAGUGUAUCACGGCUGGAUGGGGGGAUAUCGGCGAUAACAACACGUUACCACUGACUCUUCAAGAGGUCAAUGUCACCACACUGUCACAGCAGACAUGUCGCAGGAGAUGGAGAAACGUUCCCCUCACCAGAUCAAUGGUUUGUGCCACUGGGGCCCGUAGCUUUCAAGGGUUCUGCUCAGGGGACUCAGGAGGGCCGCUGGUGUGUAACGGAGCUGUAGCAGGUAUUGUCUCCUUCUCAGGACAGCGAUGUGGAGAUCUCACCACUCCUGAUGUCUACUCACGCACAUCAUCCUUCAGCGACUGGAUUGCAAGUGUGUUGAACAGCAAUGAGGAGAUAGAUACCAAAUUGUAACGUGUCAGUAUUCAGCAUUAGGAUGCAGGAUGUUUCAAUUUCAUUAAAAUGUCAACACACAUUGCUUCAAAUCUGCUUGCUUGUGGUGGCUAAAGUUGUAAAAUCUGCUCUGUUUUUGCUACAUUGCAAAGCUCCUUUUCUUAAAAAGAUGGUACAGA